CGCUUAUCAAAUUUCGCUAAUCACUUAUACCUUUUGCUUUACUUCAUGAUUGUGAACGUUCAUUUGUUUCAGUUCUUGGUUCUUGGUUUAAUUUGGUAGAAACAUGACUGUAGGGGAAGAUGAUACAUUCGUCAUACAUGGCCCAGAGCCAUAUGAGCAAAUUUCAGAUGAUACCGUUGGGAAAAUUGUGUUCGACAGCCUAAUGUCAAAUACGGUCAAACAUGACGCCAUGGUCGAUGUUUACACCGGGGAAAGGAUCACGUAUAAAUCUAUUCUAGAAGAAUCGUGCAACUUAGCUGAGGCUUUGCGUGCAUUCGGCUGCAGCUCUGACUCUGUUAUUUCUGUAUGCAGUGAAAAUAACUUGCAAUUCUUCAUACCAGUAUUGGCAGCCCAGUUCAUCGGAGCAGUUGUAGCCCCUUUAAAUCACUAUUACAUUGAAGAUGAACUCAAGCACGCUCUUUGUAUUACGAAACCAACAAUUGUAUUUUGUUCCGAGGAAGUGGCAGAUAAAUUUGUUGAUUUGAAAGAUGAAUUAACGUUUUUAAAAGUGGUUAUUAUUAUUGAUUCUUCCGAACCUGUACCUGGAACAGAGUACCUUCCCAACUUUGUUCGCAGACUUUUGUUGGGAAAUAAGGUGUCGCCUCACACUUUCAAACCUUUCAAUAGUGAUGCUGCACAAAAGGUUGCCUUCGUAUUGUGUUCCUCCGGUACAACUGGACUACCUAAAGGCGUUAUGCUCACUCACAGAAACAUGGCUACCAGAGAUGCUCAGACAAGGGAUCCUCGUUAUGCAACAACACUCACCAACGAAGAUGUACUUUUAGGAUUGAUGCCAUUCUUUCAUGGUUACGGAUUAAAUAUGGGACUUUCGUCCAUCAUCAAACAAAAUAAAAUUGUGGUGAUGAAAAGAUUCGAGGGGGACGUUUUCUUAAAAGCUAUACAGGAUUAUAAAAUUUCAAUUCUUGCACUGGCACCUCCUCUAGCGAUUUUUCUUGCUAAAACACCGGAAUUGAAUAACUAUGAUUUAUCUUGCGUCAAACAAGCGUUUUGUGGAGCAGCUCCUUUGGAUAAAGAGAUUGAUGCUAUUCUUAGAAAAAGAUUGAACAUCAAAGCAGUUCGUCAAGCCUACGGCCUCACCGAAUCAAACCUAGCGGUCACUAUCAUGGAAGAUAACGUUACUAACAAGCCAGGUUCCAGCGGAACAGUGAUAACCUAUAUGUCCGUCAAAGUGAGAGACACCGAAACUGGCAAGUCUCUGGGACCGAAUAAGGUUGGAGAAAUAUGUGUAAAGGGUCCUCUGGUGAUGAAAGGGUAUUUCAACAACGAGCAAGCAACAAGAGAGUCAUUCACUCCUGAUGGGUGGUUGAGGACCGGAGAUUUGGGAUAUUACGAUGAUGACAAGUAUUUUUAUAUCGUAGAUCGCCUGAAAGAGCUUAUAAAAUACAAAGGUUAUCAGGUUGCUCCUGCAGAAUUGGAAGCGAUACUACUAGGUCAUCCAAAAGUAAUCGAUGUUGGAGUUGUUGGGCUUCCCGAUGAAAUAUCCGGAGAACUCCCCAUCGCUUUUGUAGUGAAAGAUGACGAAGAAAAUGUAACCGAACAAGAACUCCAAGAUUAUGUAGCUAGUAAAGUGUCGCCCCAGAAAAGACUAAGAGGAGGUGUAAUAUUCGUUUCUUCCAUACCUAAGAAUCCCAGUGGGAAGAUAUUAAGAAGAGAAUUGAGAGCUUCCCUGAACGAUCAUAGAGCCAAACUUGAAUCUAAACUAUAAGGGUUCAUAGUCGAAAAUAUUUCUGUUUUAGAUGAGUUGGAGGGAGUCUUUGGCAUUUGUCUACCGGUUUUGGUCAACUGAAGAAUUCCAAAUAUAUUUUGAGAUCAAUGGUUACAGAAUAAAUUUAGUUUUGCAAAAAACGUCAAUGAUUGA